CUCACAACUGGACAGCACCCGCAGCUGGCAGAAGACGGGCUGGUGUCACGUCCUUAUAGACAUAUUUAAGAAAAAAAAAACAUUUGGCCGUUUAAAAUUCCUUGAGAGUAGAAAGUGGGAACUAAGUUUACACUACAUAUAAAAGAGCUUCGAGAGGAACGGUAACAUGUUCACUUGGGCAAAUAAGGAACAGGGUGGAAGGACCAAGGAGGGCGACAUGUUUCAGACAGUGACAGAAGGACUUCAGAGUCUUUAUUCCAAGAAACUGCUGCCGUUAGAGGAGACGUACCUCUUUCACGACUUCCACUCACCGGCGCUGGAGGAGGCAGACUUCCAUAGCAAACCCAUGGUCCUCCUGGUCGGACAGUAUUCCACUGGGAAAACCACAUUUAUAAGGUAUCUUCUGGAGCAGGAUUUUCCAGGGAUGCGAAUUGGCCCCGAACCAACGACAGAUGGAUUCAUUGCUGUUAUGUAUAAUGAGAACGAGGGAAUUGUUCCUGGAAAUGCCUUGGUUGUAGACCCCAAGAAACCUUUCCGGAAACUCAAUGCCUUUGGAAAUGCCUUCUUAAACAGGUUCAUCUGCUCGCAAAUGCCCAACCAAGUCCUGCAGAGCAUUAGCAUCAUUGACACCCCGGGGAUCUUGUCUGGUGAGAAGCAACGCCUAAGCAGAGGCUAUGAUUUCUCUGAAGUCCUGCGCUGGUUUGGAGAGCGAGUGGACCGUAUCAUCCUCCUCUUUGAUGCUCACAAGCUGGACAUAUCUGAUGAGUUUUCUGAAGCGAUCAGAGCUUUCCGUGGACAGGAUGACAAAAUCCGUGUGGUGCUGAACAAGGCUGACCAAGUGGACACUCAGCAGUUGAUGCGGGUUUAUGGUGCUCUGAUGUGGUCAUUGGGAAAGGUGAUCAACACACCAGAGGUGGUGAGGGUCUAUCUCGGCUCCUUUUGGCCCAAGCCUCUCCAGAACUCAGACAACCGCCGCCUGUUUGAAGCUGAAACACAGGAUCUCUUCAGAGACAUUCAAAAUCUGCCUCGAAACGCUGCCCUGCGCAAACUUAAUGACCUCAUCAAAAGAGCUCGUCUUGCCAAGGUGCAUGCUUACAUCAUUAGCUACUUGAAAAAGGAGAUGCCAUCCCUGUUUGGGAAAGAGAAGAAGAAGGAAGAGUUGAUUGCCCACCUGCCUGAGAUCUAUCAGAUUCUGCAGAGGGAGCACCACAUCUCACCUGGAGAUUUCCCUAAUGUCAUCAAAAUGCAGGAGCAACUCCAACACUACGACUUCAGUAAGUUCCCUUCAUUGAAGGUGAAGUUGAUUGAAUCUGUGGACAAGAUGUUGUCCACCAAGAUCUCAAGUUUGUUGAACAUGAUCCGAGAGGAAGAAAGCAAACGGCCAACUCAGAUGGUAAUGGGUGGAGCCUUUGAGGACUCUUCUGAAGGGCCUUUCGGCCAUGGCUAUGGUGAGGGUAUCAGUGCAGGGGCUGACACUGAGGACUGGAUCGUAAGCUGCGACAAGCAUCGUUAUGACGAGAUCUUUUACACCUUGAUGCCGAUUAAUGGGAAGGUUACUGGCAUCAAUGCCAAAAAGGAGAUGAUGAAUUCCCACUUGCCCAACACUGUACUAGGAAAGAUCUGGAAGCUUGCAGACUGUGAUAAGGACGGAAUGCUGGAUGAUGAAGAAUUUGCUCUAGCUCAGCACCUUAUUAAGCUCAAGCUAGAAGGAUUUGAGCUUCCAACUGACCUACCAAUUCACCUAGUGCCUCCAUCCCACAGGAAGAACCCCACUGGAGACAUAUUAUACAACCACCAGGAGGAUUGAUCACUUUACCCACCUGUGACCAUUUAUAGAGGUUCCUUCAUAUCUGCAUUGUUAUCAUCCAGCAGCACAGAGUGGCCUUGCAGUUAGAAUAUUAAAUUCUAAAGAAACUGUUGAAAGGGGUCAAGUUUUAUUGGUUAAGCCAUCUUUCACAUUCCACAAUGCAUUUGACUGUUGAAAUUAAGUGUAGCUCUCACACAAUCAAAUAUGCCCAACUUCACAUUAAUAUGUUUUAGUUUAAAAACGCAUUUUUUUUCUGCAUUUACGCCUCUCAUCCACACUGAAAAAGGCAUUUUACUUCACCAUAAAUGGAGACUUUCGAAAAUGCUUUCUAUAACUGCAUAGCCUAUAUUUAGGAAAGUUAUGACAUUUGGAAACUGAAAAUGAACAUUUUCAAAGAAAUGGACAUUGCUUAAGUUGGAGAACGACACAGAUUUAUGACAGACAAUUUAUACAAAUUCAUAUUGCAGGCCAAAAAAUUAAAGGGUUACUUCUAUGUUUUAUUUCCUGUUUUUUUGUUAUUUGACUAUGUUUGCAGCUAGUUUGUUGCAGUUGUAGAUCAUUGUGCAAUGCUUAGAAUUUUUAAGGUAACAUUUCAACAAAUAUAACCUUUUUCAGGUGAUUGAUAAUGUGUAAAAACAACCAAACGUGAAAUCUACUUCUGUACAUGACACACUAUCACAAAGGGCACUGACAAAUUUAGCAUCCAUUUUACUCAGUUUGACACAGUAUAAAUGUAAAUCAGUAUCUGAUUUACCUAAUAUAUAAUUGUUAAUUUUGCAGCACAAUAUAGUUUAUUUUUGUCUAAAUUGUGAUUAAAACUUCUUGUUUGAAGUGGAAAAAUAAUUGCAUUAUCAUAAUUUUGAAUUGGGCGUUUUUGACCCCUUUUAUUAAUAUUUUGUUAUGCAGGGAAAUCGAGAACGAAUAUGUUUUAUAUGAUCCAAUUAAUAUUAUAAGUUUUAGAUAUGUUUUUUUUUUAGCUACAUAUUUUAUGGACUGAAUUGAAUUUCAUGACACUGACUGAAAUAACAUUAAAUUACCAUCAGUAUAUGUAUAUCGUCUGUUAUCGUCUGUAUAAUAUUUAUGUCUGACACUGCCAAGCACUCCAUUUAUAGGUUGUGAAGGAUUAUAAUGGUUUAUGUCAGCAAACACUUACAAUAAAAACAUCUUAAAAAACCAUUUUAUAUAUAUAUAUAUAUAUAUAUAUAUAUAUACACACACACACACACACACACACACACACACACACACACACACAUAUACUGGUGGCCAAAAGUUUGGAAUAAUGUACAGAUUUUUCUCUUAUGCAAAGAAAUGUAUACUUGUGUUCACCAAAGUGGCAUUCAACUGAUCACAAUGUAUAGUCAACACAUUAAUAAUGUAAAAAAUGAAUAUUACAAUUUGAAACCAUGUUCAGAACUUCUUAAACUACUUCAAAUAUUUCUUCAAUAAAAUCCUCCUCAUGCAGCAAUGACAGCUUUGCAGACCCUUGCCAUUCUAGCUGUCAGUUUGUCCAGAUACUCAGGUGUCAUUUCACCCCACACUUCCUGUAGCACUUGCCAUAGAUGUGAAUGUCUUGUCGGGCACUUCUCACACACCUUACAGUCUAACUGAUCCCACAAAAUCUCAAUGGGGUUAAGAUCCAUAACACUCUAAAAAUGAAACUCAACUCAAAAGUGUCUUUUUCUUUGCAAUUCUUCCCAUAAGGCCUGCCCCCCUGAGACUUUUCUUUACUUUUGUACAUUAAACUGGUGUUGAGCAGGUAGAAUUCAAUGAAUUUGUGGACAUGUGAGGCGUCUAUUUCUCAAACUAGAGACUCUUGUCCAGCACUUUAGUUUAGUUGUACAUCUGGCCUCCCAAAAUCUCUUUCUGUCCUUGUUAGAGCCAGUUGACCUUUGUCUUUGAAGACUGUAGUGUACACAUUUGUAUGAAAUCUUUAGUUUUUUGGCAAUUUCAAGCAUUGUGUGUCCUUCAUUCCUCAAAACAAUGAUUGACUGAUGAGUUUCUAGAGAGAGUUUCUUUUUGCCAUUUUUGACCUAAUAUUGUCCUUAAGACAUGCCAGUCUUUUGCAUACUGUGGCAACUCAAAAACAAAAACAAUGUUAAGCUUCAUUUAAUGAACCAAAUAGCUUCCAACUGUGGCCUGACUUUAUAGUACCAAAUUAUCAAUGAUUACUCAAGGAUAAGGUGUUGGAGUGAUGGCUGCUGUCAAAAAUGACUUUUUUCAAAUAGUGAUUGCGCUGUUGUGAUCAGUUGAAUGCCAAUUCCCUUACAAAACAGCGAAAUCUCUAAAUUAUUCCAAACUUUUGGCCGUGUGUGUGUGUAUGGAUGGAUGGAUGGAUGGGGGUGUGUGUGUGUGUGUGUGUGUGUGUGUGUGUGUGUGUGUGUGUGUGUGUGUAUAUA